GGGAGAGAGGGACUGCUCAGGGGCCCUGCAGAAUCACUGGGGAGGGGACGAUGGGGGAAUGUCGCGGGCGCUCCGGGGAGCCCGAGUUGCACUGCGUGCGAAGGCGCUGAGCUUUGUGAGGAAGCGCUCAUUGGCUAGGCAGCCAGGGGGUCUCCCAGGGCCCAAGGGCGGAAAGGCCGACUGGGCAGGAAGCGACCACAUGCCUGGCGGCCUCACUAGGAGCCCGUUUGCGCAGGAGCCCUGGGGUCGCAUCGGAGACCGGGGUUCCCGGGAGGCGGGGCGAGGCGGCCAUGCUGGCGGCGGGAGCCGACGCAGGCGCAGGCGGCGGGGCGGGAGGUGCGGACCACGGCCGGGACGGCGGGGCCUGCCAUGGUGGCCGCGGCUGCCCCCGCCUUCCCGGCGGCGCGGGGACGGUGGCGGCUGCUGCCUUCUGCAGGGCCCGGCCUGGCUCGCGCCCACGGCACGUCCCGGGGCCAGGCGGAGACGCUGCUUCCACGACUCUAAGGCUGGAAAGCCGAAUACACGUAUUUGCCCUCUGCGUGCCUUUCCCGUCCAGCUUGGAGGCGGAGAUCGCCUAUCGGUCCCUGACCCCAGAUGCCGAACCCCACAGAGGGGCUGUUGAGAAGCAGCUCACAGUGAGUUGCAGCGUCGUGGCCGUCCGCUGGAGAGGUGAAGAUCCUCGCCUCCUCCGAAUUUCCAUCAUCAGCUUUCUUGACCAGCUUUCCCUGGUGAUGCAGACCAUGCGGCGCUUUGGGCCCCCCGUUUCCCGCUAAGCCUGGGCUGGGGAGAGGGGGCUAAGGCCUAACCUCUUGUCCCUUCCCAAGGCACUGUGUCCUUCCCUGGGGCAGUGAUCCCUGUAGCAGUAGCGGCAACGGUGUUGGGGGGGGGCUAAUCUUCUGGUGUCAGGGGGACCUGAUCUGGUGUUAGGAAGGCCUGAUCUUCUGCCACUGCUGGCCCUAGGGCACUCAGGGUCCAUUUGUUUUGUUUGCUGUUUUAAUGUUUGUUACUGCAGAAAAUAAAACUGAGCUUUGCUA